AUGUACAAACAGCAACUGAGCAGAGAGCGGGAUCGUCAGCGAGCAAAGGCACUCGAAGAGUUGAUGGAGGAAAAUGAUCGGUGGAACGAGGAGCGCAGGGAUGCAGCAAAGAGCGACAUUCGCAGAAUUGUGAACGCAGCUGGAAAAUCCAACCCAGAACUCAGAAAGGAAAAGAUUUAUUUUUGGGAGAAAAGAUUCAUCGAGGAUAAAGAAGACGAAACCACACUUUCUCCGAAGAAAACGAUUUUGCGUAAAAACGAUCUGAGGAAAAGCGGAGACAGCAGCCCCAUGUACAAACAGCAACUGAGCACAGAACGAGAUCGUCAGCUCGAAGAGUUGAUGGAGAAAAAUGCUCGGUGGAACGAGGAGCGCAGGGAUGCAGCAAAGAGCGACAUUCGCAGAAUUGUGAACGCAGCUGGAAAAUCCAACCCAGAACUCAGAAAGGAAAAGAUUUAUUUUUGGGAGAAAAGAUUCAUCGAGGAUAAAGAAGACGAAACUACACUUUCUCCGAAGAAAACGAUUUUGCGUAAAAAUGAUCUGAGGAAAAGCGGAGACAGCAGCCCCAUGUACAAACAGCAACUGAGCACAGAACGGGAUCGUCAGCUCGAAGAGUUGAUGGAGAAAAAUGCUGGGUGGAACGAGGAGCGCAGGGAUGCAGCAAAGAGCGACAUUCGCACAAUUGUGAACGCAGCUGGAAAAUCCAACCCAGAACUCAGAAAAGACAGCAGCCCCAUGUACAAACAGCAACUGAGCACAGAACGGGAUCGUCAGCUCGAAGAGUUGAUGGAGAAAAAUGCUGGGUGGAACGAGGAGCGCAGGGAUGCAGCAAAGAGCGACAUUCGCACAAUUGUGAACGCAGCUGGAAAAUCCAACCCAGAACUCAGAAAAGACAGCAGCCCCAUGUACAAACAGCAACUGAGCACAGAACGGGAUCGUCAGCUCGAAGAGUUGAUGGAGAAAAAUGCUGGGUGGAACGAGGAGCGCAGGGAUGCAGCAAAGAGCGACAUUCGCACAAUUGUGAACGCAGCUGGAAAAUCCAACCCAGAACUCAGAAAAGCGACAUUCGCAGACAAAAGGGAUGCAGCAAAGAGUGACAUUCGCAGAGUUGUGAACGCAGCUGGACAAUCUAACCCAGAACUCAGAAAGGCAAAGAUAUAUUCUUGGGAGAAAGGAUUCAUCGAGGAUAAAGAAGACGAAACUACACUUUCUCUGAAGAAAACGAGUUUGCACAAAAGGGAUGCAGCAAAGAGCGACAUUCGCAGAGUUGUGAACGCAGCUGGACAAUCUAACCCAGAACUCAGAAAGGCAAAGAUAUAUUCUUGGGAGAAAGGAUUCAUCGAGGAUAAAGAAGACGAAACUGCACUUCCUCCGAAGAAAACGAUUUUGCGUAAAGACGAUCUGAGGAAAAGCGAGCAAGCACUCACAAAGCAGACACGGAAUCUGUGGGGGAGAGAGGGCUUAAACCUCGCUAUCAAGAGGGCCAAACCCAACACAGGGGGUCCGAGUCUUUCGAGUGGACCAAAAACGCAAGAAGAGGUUGCACUUAAAAAGACCGAAAGGAAAUCGAAAACAAAAAAAGACGCGAAUAAAGAAAAGGCGAAGUCAAUCAGUAGUCAACCUGCUGCUGCAGUUACCACGGACAAUAACACGCAAUCAAGCUCAACGCCCAGACAUAAACAGAAAACGAAACUGAAUAAGGUGGGCAUGUCCACUAAACCUGAGGACAUUUUAGACACAUUCCAGAAUACAAAUCUUGCUCCGGCGGAGUGUGAAAACCUGGCAGACCAAGUAAUCAGCAACUGA